AGAGUACCACCUUAGAAACAGCAGUGAGAGGAAAAAAGGAGAAGGGGGAGCAAGAAUGUCAGAAAAUCUCAUUUAUGCUGACUUGAACUUGACUGAUUCAACCAGGCCCAGACUACAGAAGGUCACUGACAUCCCAGAUACUACAUAUGCAGAACUGAAAGUACAAUCCCUAGACACAAAUGCUGCAGAUAGCUACACAUUGUCCGGUAAAAGCUGUUGCUCCAGAACACGUGUCGCUGUAUUGGUUGCUGUGAUAAUCCUCCUACUGGUCUUAGUGGUGUGUCUGAUACUCAUGUACCGUCCAACUGCAAGCAGCCCGCCUGACUCAAAACCAUCCUCCACCACCUCUGAAGAGGCACUAGGCUGCCCCCAAGACUGGAAACAAAAUGGGGAAAAAUGCUACUUCUUUUCUCCAGUGCAGAAAACACUUGACUGGAACACCUCCCGUAAAGAAUGUAUUGACAAAAAUUCAGACCUGGUGAUCAUUGACAGCAAGGAAGAACUGGGUUAUCUUUUUUCACAAACAAGAAGUUAUUACUACUUACUUGGUCUCAUAUUCUCGAAGAGAGAGAAGAAGUGGAAGUGGAUUAACAACGUGGAACAUAACCCAGACAUGUUUACUAUUGGAGGAGACUUUACUGACUAUUUCUGCACUGUCAUUGGACAUGACAAAGUAGAAACUGCAUCCUGCAAGGGAGCCCUAACAACACAAAAUAUGUGUGAAAAAGCUGCAAAUAUUUUAGAAAGGCAGAAGGAGAGCUAAAAACAAGAUGUCUGUAGAGCUUGGCCAUGGGAUGAGUGAGGAAGCUGGAUUUGGUGUCGGUGGCUGAGAUGAAGCUACGCUGAAGCUUUCCUAUGGAAGCCCCUUUGCCAGUUCAGGAAGAUGUCUGUUCAAGGCCAGAUUCUGACUAAACGAUGCAAAUUAAAUUUAGAAAAAUGUCAAUGACACUACUACCCUUAUAGAAAAAAAAAAUCUGCAAAAGCCACUUGUGAUACCUAAUUAAACAAAGGAUCUUGAAAGACCAGGAAGAUGUUUUCAAUGCAGCUUCACUUUGUCAGAAUAGCACCCAUUUCCCUCGGAUGUGGGAAGCAGGUUCAGAGCAUGAAUAGGCCUGUUUGUUAUUAAAUUUAUUUUUAUAAGUUUGAAAUAAUUAAUUGCAGGAAAACUAGGUAUAAUUAAUGCCAUUUAGCGAUAUUUGAUACGAGACCUCAGUAAUGUGUAGGCAUCUGUGAUCCCAGAGGACUCUUCUGGGUCACAAGCCUCUGCCAGCUGGUGUUAAAUACAAUAACUCUGUGGCAUCUGAUCAUUCUCAUUUUCUUUGUUGACUCUAAAGCACCCAGACUUCUUCAAAGGGCCAGUAAAGCACAGGUGCAGGCUUGAUGAAGGGACAGCACCUUCCACUUGCUGUCAGAUGAAAUUUAUUCUGCUGCAGGGCUUCUGGUGGAUCACUGACUGCUACGAACAAGGGACCAGCUAAUGCCCCCCAAAUACCAUCUCUGAGAGAUAUUGCCUAUUCCUUAUUUCUAGACAAAAUACAGACUGCUAGACUCACCUUAAUAACAGGCAGAUUUCAAGUAAAUUUUGAAGGAAACGGUAAUACAAAUCACAGAGUUCAACAGGAGAAAAAAAAAACCAAAGUGAGUACGUUCACAAGGAUAGCUCAUCCUGGUCAGCUUUCUCUGAGGAGAUGACUGACUCAUCCGAAAUUAGAGUUUUAUUAAAACAUUUGACUAGGAUUACACAUAGAAAAUCAUUAACAAGCCUUCUGGAAAAAAAUAUCAUGUAUAAUACAUUCAGUAGUGGCCUUGCUGCAAAAUGCACACAUCUGCUAGUAAUGUCUAAAGUGACGUAAGAUUAUGUCUGAAUAACACAAGACUGGAAGACAAUGUCAAAACAGGAGAAGAUCCAAGCCUAAUACAGUAAGAACUGCAUGACCUGAGUAAUGUAUAUGUAUAUGGAAACGUAUAUGGAAAUGUAUAUGGAAAGGAUGAUGAGUGGGAACCUGGAGUUUUUAAAAAACAUUUUUAAAUGGUGUCAACAAAUGCAGUGUCUAUCUUUUAUCCGUUGGACUUGCUGAUGUAGCUGUGCCCUUCUUGCCCAUUCAUGGCAGAUGGAGGCAAGGGGCAGAGUAGGAAAAAGAGAAAGCCUUGAUGCUGUGCAAGCACUGUUCA